AAAGAAACUAAACUGUUUGUCUUUGACUUGCAUAGAAAAAAGAAAAAAGAAAACAAAAAAACAAAAAAGAUUAAUCCACUCCAUCGUUCUAGGCCCGGAAGAAGGAUUUCUUUUUUUUUUUUUUUCUUUACAUAAACCAACUUCCUUUCCUUCUAUUCAGAAAUUACAAGUAGGGUUUGACGUUAAAUCUUCUAAAUUUAUAUGAGUCCAAUGGCUUUAGCCGCACUUCAAACACAGCUCAAGAAUUUUGUUCAAUCUAUGUUUGAUAAGGGAGUGCUGGACAGCCAGUUCGGUCAAAUUCAAGCUUUGCAAGAUUCGAGUAAUCCCAACUUUGUUGAUGAAGUGAUCACUUUGUUUUGCAGUGAUGCAGAAAGGAUCAUAACCGAAUUGAACAGAUAUUUGGGUUAUCAAAAUGUUGAUCUUAGCAAGUUGGAUUCUUAUGUUCAUCAACUUAAAGGAAGUAGCUCAAGCAUCGGUGCACAUCGCUUGAAACUUGCUUGUGUUAACCUCCGUCAAGCUUCUGAUGACCGGAACAAGGAAGGCUGUGCGAGAGCUUUAAAUUUAAUCACUAGCGAAUACUGUCUUUUGCGCAGCAAAUUUCAAACCCUGAUUCAGCUAGAGAGGAGUAUUAUUGCCCUUGAGACCAACCAACAAUGAGUGUAUAGCUUGAAAAUGCACUGCCAGGUGUCGACCUAAAUUUUGAAGGAACAGUUACCAUUUAUCUUGAAUAGGUAGACAUUGUUUCUUCAUUUUGGUUAACUGAAUGUAUGGCAUCUUGGAUAUUGACUUGGAUCUUCUUUUACAAUAAGCACUAAGGAAUCAGUUAAUGCUUUAUAUUGUUUUUAGAUUUACUGUAUAAAUAUGGAUCGAAUGUUGGCAUGAAGAUGGUUCAUUGGAUUUUAGUUGUCAAAUGGCCAUAUGGUUUGGUUUGACAGGAUAAUUUG